ACUCUUCCCACUGACACUAAUGAUGGGGCACUAUUUCAUCCACUGACACCAGUGAGGGGCACUAUUCCUCCCACUGAUACCAAUGAUGGGGCGCUAUUCCUCCCACUGAUACCAAUGUGUCCCAUCAUUAGUGUCAGUGGGAGGAAUAGUGCCCCAUCAUUAGUCAGUGGGAGGAAUAUGGAAGGAAUAGUGCCCCAUCAUCAGUGGGAGGAAUAGUGCCCCAUCAUUGUGUCAGUGGGGGGAAUAGUGCCCCAUCAUUGGUGUCAGUGGGGGAAUAGUGCCCCAUCAUUGGUAUCAGUGGGAGGAAUAGUGCCCCAUCAUUAAUGUCAGUAGGAGGAAUAGUGCUCCAUCAUUAGUGUCAGUGGGAGGAAU